CCGCUUUCGCAUUUGGUGGCAUGAAAGCUUCAGUGGGCAGGGUUCAUGAUGAUCUAUAAUAACUAGUAGUCUGGGCGAUAUCUAAGAACACUGGGUACCAGUGGGGCCUGACCACUGCGGCCAGCCACCCCAGCCUGAGAGGAGGCACUCAUCGGACUGCACCAGCUUGGUCCCCCUGCUGCCCCAGCCAGAGAGGAGCUACUUGUUGGGCUGUACUGGAUCAGUCCCGCCACUGCCAAAAUGACCGACUACGCAGCCAACCUGCUUAACGAGCUGAUGGGCCGCAACCGGGACCUGCUGCCCGACCAGCAGUCCAAGAAACUGACCUAUGACUCCCCUGAGGUGUGCCGGUAUUACCUGGUGAAGCUGUGUCCGCACGACCUGUUCACCAACACCAAGGUCGACCUGGGCCCGUGCGGCGGUAUCCACGAUGACGCCGUGCGCGAGGAGUUUCUCCAGCUGCCCGCCUACCGGCGCGUGGUGUUCGAGGACGAGUUCCUGCGCUACUGCCAGACGAUGCUGAACGAGGUGGAGCGCAAGAUCCGCAAGUCGAAGCAGCGGCUGGAGCUGCAGCCGGACGACGAGAAGCUGGCCUCGCUGGUGCCGCCGCAGUUCACGCGCCACGAGGAGAAGAUCGGCAUGCUGACCGGCAAGAUCACCAAACUGGUGACCGAGGCCGAGGAGCUUGGCUGCAAGGGCCAGGUGGAGGAGGCCCAGGGCAUCAUGAAGCUGUGCGACAAGCUCAAGGACGAGCGCGACAGGCUGCGACGCAACAAUGAGGGCUCCGUCUGGCACCAGGCGGCUGAGAUGGCCGCCUCGCAGGAGAAGCAGAUGCAGGUGUGCGAGAUCUGCGGCGCCUUCCUGAUCCUGGGCGACGCCCAGCAGCGCAUCGACGACCACCUCACCGGCAAGCAGCACAUGGGCUACGCCCGGCUCAAGGUGGUCGUCGACGAGAUACGGGAGAACCGCGAACAGGAGAAGCGAGACCAGGAGACGGCGCGCGAGCGGGAGCGCGAGCAGCGGCGCCAGCGAGACGAGACGGACCGGUCGGGUCCGGCCGGCUCGCGGGAGCGCACCAGCGAGAGGGGCCGUGCCGAGCGAGACAGGGGCGGCCGCAACGGCGAGCGAGACCGCUCCGACCGCCGACGCCAGAGGAGUCGCAGCCGGGACAGAGACCGGGAACGGGACCGGGAACGACGGCGGAGUCGGGACCGUGAGCGGCAGCGGGACCCGGACCGGGACCGGCAGCGGGAGUCCGACCGUGAGCGGCAGCGGGACGCGGACCGGGACCGGCAGCGGGAGUCCGACCGCGAGCGGCAGCGGGAGCCAGACCGGGACCGGCAGCGGGAGUCGGAUAGGGACCGGCACAGUCGGAGGUCUGGGCGACGGUCCCGGUCCAGCAGCCGGAGCAGCCGGCGUUCACGGGACCGGCGAGACUCGCGGGACCGCGCGCCAGCCGACCGCAGACACGCAGGUCACGCUGAAGCCGCGCUGGAGUUCCUGCCAUCUAGUGACAAGCGUGGCCAGAUGAGCCUCGCCCGUCGCUCGCCAGGGUGACAAAGCGCGUCCCCCUGCCACGAGGCGAUUGGUCGGUGGAUGCCGUCUGUUGCGCCGUUCCGUAGGACAGCUGUUUCAUUUUCAUCCCCCGCGGAGGGCAACUGGACGAUUGCGCGCUCCGCUCCCAUUGGCUUUCGGUAGGACCGUGCUCCUCCGCUCGUUGAUUUCACUCACCGACUAAUCGGCGUCGUAGUAUGAAUUGAAGCGCGGUGAGAAAGGGUGGAAUGUGGAGAUUUUGUGUGCUGACUUUCGCCGUCUAAGAGGCUGGACUACAGUCACGGUUCUGGGUUUGUGAGAGCGGAGCUGUUCUCGUGGAGAGACUUCUGUUGCUGUCUGUCUUGAAACGCAAAAAUUGUGGACGUUUAACGGUUUUGUACACAGACUGCAUGUAGGACUCGCCGCGGUCGUUCUAUAUGUGAGGCGAGAAAACAAUGCUCCCUAGAUGAAAUCUGGGCUGAUGUGAAGGAAAUACAAGUCAAGGCCCGUCA